AUGUUUUAACAAUAAUACUGAAUUAUAUCUCAAGGUUUCUCAUGAUAAAUCACAAUACCUUAAAUACAGCUUCCGUCUAUCUGAACUUUUUGUAUUUCGUUCAUAUCGGUACUUGAUCGGUACAAAAGAAGACGAAUUUACUGUGUCGUUCAUGCGUGAACGGAUCGAUUUAUUUGUAGUUUUGUUUUGUAUGUCAAAGUCUGCAAAUUUGUUCAGCCAAAUCGAUCGUGCAUCGUGUAUAUGUAUGUAUUGUACUAUCGGUACCGUAUGCAAUGCGACAUAUCUGGCGAAGGUUUCACAGUAUGAGGGCGCAGAGCAAUGCUUCCAGAGCAGAUAGCAGACCUUGGAAAGACGCAGCGUCUCUUAUAAUAGCCACCCCGGCCGAUAAAACUAAUUCAACGAAAUACCCUUCCGAUUAUAAUAUUCUUUUCUUAAAACGAAUUGCGAAAUCGUCGUUCUUUCCGAAUGCCUACGUGUAUCCAGGAGGUGCUCUCGAUCCAGCAGACAAGCAUUCCCGGUGGAUAGAAAUAUUUCAAAACAUAGAUCCACAAUUUUGUGACAAUGUUGAAAAAGAAUUCUUUGUGUACCAAAAAGACGGAAAACGAUCGCCAUUAUUUCCUGGCGACAGAGAUGCAUUAAGUCAAGGCGUUUUACCAAACGAAAUUGUUUUUCGAAUCUGUGCAAUACGUGAGACAUUCGAGGAGAGUGGUCUACUUUUACUGACAAACGAUGUCCAAAGCCGUAGAUUAAAACCAAACAGUGUCCAUGCCUCUUCUGUAUCACACUUACUGACAUCAGAUAUUAUUGAAAAAUGGAGGAAUAAAGUUCAUAAUGAUGCCAAUGAAUUCAUAAAUCUGUGUAUUGAGCUCAACAAAGUACCUGAUAUCUGGAGUUUGAAAGAGUGGUCUGAAUGGUUGACGCCCGUACUGAGUAAAAAUAAAGCCGGAAAACGGUAUGAUACUGUAUUUUAUUCAUGUUGUCUGCAAGAAAAACCACAAUACCUUGCCCAUGAUAAAGUGGAGAUGUCAGAAUCUAUAUGGAUUUCACCUGCAGAGAUAUUACGAAGGUACUUAACAGAGGAUAUCUUCUUGGCACCUCCACAAAUCCUGGAGACAUUGAAGCUGUUAAAUUUCAGUACUAUUAAAAGCCUAGCUGAUUAUAUGACUAAAAGGGCUAUGAAAGGAAUGCGAAGGUUAAUGCCACAUUUCACUUUAACAAAGGAUGGACAGAUCAUAGAAUUGUUUCCAGGUGAUAAGCAAUAUCCGGAAGGUCCAGAUGAAUUGAUCAGAGAAAGAGAUCUAACUACACUCGAUCAAACUUUUGAAGAAAUUCUGAACUCGAAAAACAGGUUCUGUCUUCCUGCAGGGGGGGAUCCUGUUGAUAGACUUGCCUCUGUAUUGUGCAAUGUUGAACUGGAUUAUGAUCAAGUAGGACCAGUGACAAUUAAGGACAUUGCGGAUCUUGGCUUGAACUCUAAAUUAUAAUUUUAUUACUUAUUUAAUUAUUUGAAAAAAUAUAAUUUCAAGAAAUUUGUUUUUCAUCACUGUAUUGUAAUUUAAUUCAAUAUGUUUUCAAUAAGAAUGUGAUAAAUGAUUGA